GCAUCAUCAUGCGCCCGAGGGCUUUGAGUCGAGCAAACGUCCUGUGGCCUUGUGGGCGUGGUGUAGGCGCUUUGUGCGAAGCAGCCCUAUCACAUCGCCAGUGCCUGCCCUCUAGUCGGGCUCGCGCUUUCGUCGCUGCAUGCGGGGCUGCGCUAGAAACCUACAGGGAUCGUGACGCUUGGUCCCAUUGCGCCUUCUCGUUUCCUCGCAUGCUCGAGGCCUCUUUUCUUCCGCAAUACUGCUGCUUGCUCUGAGCCGCACCCCUCCACACGACGACGACCAAGACGGCGACCAUUGUACUCCUCACACUACGCUAGCGAGCGGGAGCAUAUACUGCUAUCCCGUACCUGCGACACUUUCAUCCUCACCACCUCUCCGAUGAGCCCAAGCCGACUAUGGACCGCCCGCCGCCGUACCAACGUCCACCAGAUCGCCCUAUGAACUACCAUCCGCAGACAACGCAAGCCUACCCAGGCCGCCCUCCAGCGUCACAACCACAAUCUCAACAGCCACUCCACGCUCCCUAUGCCGCCGACCCGUACUCGAUGCCCCGGCGCGACCCAUUCUUUCCUUCGGGGCCACAACACGUUCGACGCAGUAGUCAAGGACUACCGGCUGGUAAUAAUGCGCCGCAAGGCCAGAAUGAAGGACAAGGGCAGGGUGGCUGGUCAAAUACAGCGCGACCGAUUCACUACGAGACUCAUCACUCCCAGACGAAUCCUCCACCGCAAAUGACUACUUCCAACAAUCCUCCAGCCCCGGCGCCCUAUAGCUUCGAUGCUGCGCGUGCCUCGUCGCUGAACGCCGCCAGCUCGCCGAACCCCUAUGGCCCGUCUCACGAACCUCCACCUCCACCAUCCUUCGCGCGGCCCCAAAUGCCUCCUCCAUCGUCCCCCACACAGCAGCAUCUGCAUGCAUCCCAGCCGCAGCGUUCGCAAUACACGUCCAACUUUGGCGCCAACAGAGAGCUUCCUGGCCUAGGUCAGGCGUUGCGACCGGGAAGCAGCAUGUCCAUCUCAUCUCUUAUCGGCGGCGGCGGCGGCGGCGGUGACACAGGUGCGCUCAACCAAACAGCGCAAUCACAGCCCUCGCCUCCCACCAACACUCAAGUACCCAACGGCCACAGCAUGCAGCCACCUUCGCCUCGACGUGGCCUGCCUGUUGGCUCACGGUCGGAUUUUCCUCUGUUUCGCCGUCAACCCACCCCAGAACGCAACAUGUACGGCAGCAAUACCUCGCGGCCAUCUGAAGGCCAUGCGUUCUCGGUCGGCUCACCCAGACAGUCCUACAGCAACCAUGGCUCGCCUGAUCCGGGCCGCCAGUCGCUGCCACCAACGACACAACCCUACAAGCCCAUGAACUUUGCCGGCCACCGCCCCUAUGCGCAGGAUACAGGUCGACAGCCCGCCGGGAAUGUCCCACCCCGACCGAAUAGCCAACCGAUGGGCCCUCUAGCAAACACCGAACAAGAGGGCAGAUCUUCGUACGACGGAUUUCCAGGCCGGCGCAGCGCAUACGGGCCAAACGAGGAGCGGCGACGCACACUGGGGGAGUCGCAUCAUGCAAGGCCCAAUGCCGCGGAACUCUUAGCAGGCACAAACCACAAUGCCUCGGAGAGGGAUCGACCCGUGACUGUUCACCCUGUGUCGCAGUCUGGCUUCAGUCCACCUCAGGCGCAGCGCAAUAUCUCUGGCUCAUCGGAACCCCCACGCAGUCUGUGGCGGCAAUCAGCGCCCACCGGUACUGUCCGUGAACCUCCUCAUGACAGUCGCGCAGAGGAACCUCCGCCGAUGCAUCGCACCUAUGGCCCUUACCCCCCAUCCAUGCUGGGCGCUCCCCGAUAUGGCGCCCAAAGUUCAGAGGAGAUGUUGCGACGCAGUGUAGAUCAGUUGGGCCAUCGCGUAGUCGAGCAGUACCACGCUCCUCCUACCUCCGACCCCAACUCCCUAGAGCGACAGAGGACCGAGCCACUCGCACGCUCUUUAUCCUCCAGCGGAAGAUCGCUUUACGACCAGCCUUCCAGGAUGGGUGAGGCCAUGCAACACUCGAAAUCACACAUUGGCUUUGGUUUGGAGGCGAGCAGACGAACGGGCAGAGCGUCUCCGCUUCCACAGGCUGUUCAAGGGGCCUCAAUGCAGCCCUUGUCCGUUGGCAAGGAUCCUGGCAUCAAGAGCGAAUUCGGGCGCAUGUUCUCCGGUCUCGGCAGCGGGCUGGGAUCGACAACCCCCUCGCGGGGAAGUCCCAUGCCACAGAACGGCCAGGGCUCAUUUGAAUCGGACAACGGCGAAAUGAUGAGAAGGAUCGGUUCUCAGCAAGGAAGGAAGCCGAAGCGAGUCAAGGAUGAGGAAGGAAUCUUCGAUAUCGAGAAUAUUGAUGGUAGAGGAACACCUGGCGCGCGUGGGACCAAACGGAACAAGCAUCAUCAUCAUCAUCACCACCAUCAUCACCACCACCAACACAAGCCCGACGAAGAUACGUCAAUUCAGCCAACCUCAACUACGAUCAACGGGCGGCACCCCAGUCUGCCACAAGCUGGCCCUGGCCAGUCAGUUCACCACCACCAUCACAUUGGAGGAAACCCACAUCACCAUCAUCACCACCACCAUGCCCCUCGACCUAACCAUCAGCCGAUGCAGCAAGUAACAAAGGUCCUGACCAAAGUCCACGAUGUACAGCCUGUUCUUGACGAAGCUGCGAAACGUCCUCGCAAACAUCUUGGAUCGCAGCUGUACGAUGCAAAGACAGAGCUACCCAAGCCCAACUCAUCGUUAGAUGACCAGUUUGGAUACGCCUCGAAACCGCAACGACUGCCUCGCUUCGACGUCAACCCCAUCAAUUGUACGUUCACUAUCAGAGUACCGCGAUACUACCUGAAGCCACGACAACGCCAGCAUGUCGUGUUGGAGAGGCAUCUGUGGGGUGCGCGCGUGUACCGCGACGAUUCAGAUCCUAUUGCUGCUGCGAUCCAUUCUGGAUGGAUCCGUGGUGAAUGGGAUGAUACUGUCGAUGUGACCAUGCUCGAUCCACGCAUCACUGCGCCGAACGACCCAGCCGAUGCCGCUGACGUUCUAACAAAGGUGCCAGCGGCGCCAGUAACACCACCCGCCGAUAUGGACUUGCAGAUUGAGAUACUCAUCCUGCCGCAACUCCAGGAGUACACCGGUUCCGUCGAGUAUGGCAUCUCGAGCAGGAAGAGCAAGGCUCAUGAGGGUCUCAGCUUCAUGAUCAACAAGAUCCGAUGGGUUGAGGAAGGCAUCGGCAGUCGGGGACAGGAGCGAACAGCGGCGGCGUUGAAGCGACGAUUGGAUGCCAGCGCGACUCUACUUGCUUUGCAAAGUGGCAUCGACAAUACCCACAGGGUUAACGGCAUGGCCAAACUGCAUGCUUGAUAUUUAGUUGGAUGGAUCAAGGUCCAUGACAUAUAACGGCCGUAUGGAGAGUGAUUUCACAUGGCAUUUGUAGCGCAGGAUGAUUUUAGCAUUGCUAGAUACCCGCAUCUUUAUAGCUUGACUCUGGCGUAGGAUUGCACAUAGCGUCGGCGAAUCUGGGAAACGAUGUAAUGAGUUGUUGCACACGACAUGAUAAAAAC